AUGGUCAACGCCACAGCAGGGCAUGAAAUACUGAGUUUCAUGGAUGCCUACUCCGGGUACAACCAGAUCCCCAUGCAUCCAACCGACGAGGAGCAUACAUCCUUCAUAACCGACAGGGGCCUAUACUGCUACAAGCUCGGCAAAUCAAUGGAAGUCUACGUCGACGACAUGCUUGUGAAAAGUGCUAGGGCCAACCAACACAUCGACCACCUGGGUGAAAUGUUUGGUGUGUUAAGAAAAUACCACAUGAAGCUAAAUCCCCAAAAAUGCGCCUUUGGAGUUGGGUCAAGGAAGUUCCUUGGUUUCAUGGCAACAAACAAAUGCGUCCCAUUCUUUGAUGCUUUGAAAGGAAGUAGGCGUUUUGAGUGGACACCACAAUGUGAAGAGGCCUUCCAGAAAUUGAAGGAGCAUUUGGGCAAGCCCCCAGUCCUGUCAAAACCCCACCCCAACGAGGAGCUCAGCCUUUACCUCUCCGUGUCCCAGCACGCCAUAAGCUCCAUGUUAAUAAGGGAAGAAGAAAGGGUACAGUUACCAAUUUACUAUGUAAACAAAAGACUCCUCGACGCCGAGUCAAGAUAUACCGAGAUGGAACGCUUGGCCCUAGCCCUGAUGGGCCAAGCGCUGGCUGAGUUCUCCCAUAGACUGGCUCCCGCCGAGCCAGAAGAAAUCGAGAGUACAGAAUGGAAGCUCUACGUGGAUGGAGCGUCGAGUGACAACGGGUCAGGAGCCGACGUCUUAUUGAUCAGCCCAGAAGGCCACAAGAUCACCUCGGCGGUUCGAUUUAAAUUCAAAGCGUCAAACAAUGAGGCAGAAUACGAGGCGCUAAUUGCAGGGUUGCGAUUGGCCAGUCACCUAAAAAUUGAGAGGCUCAGCAUCUUUAACGACUCUCAACUGGUCGUGGGUCAAGUGAAAGAACAAUUCCAAGCACGCGGCAAGAAAAUGGGUGCGUACUUGAGGAAAAGACAUGAAUUCCAGCGCUUUUUCCUCCCUAUAGCUCUGAGGGAAGUACUGCUCAUUGAACAGGGUCUCAAACUGCUCCAGUACGCCACAAUUCCUAGAGCACCCCCAGAAAAUUUAACCUCCAUUCUCAGUCCAUGGCCCUUCGCCAAGUGGGGGGUUGACCUAAUCGGGCCAUUGCACCUUGCACCUGGGGGGUUUAAAUUUGCCAUCGUCGCGGUAGAUUACUACACAAAGUGGGCAGAGGCAAAGGCUCUGACUACAACUACGAAAGCAGCCUGCACCAACUUCAUGUGGAACGACAUUGUGUGCAGGUUCGGGGUCCCCCACUCGAUUGUGUCCGACAAUGGGAAACAAUUCGAUAAUGCCUCAACACGAAGAUUCUGCGACAGCGUGGGCAUUCGAAAGGAUUUCUCGGCGCCGAUACACCCGCAAUCUAACGGGCAAGUCGAAGCAGUCAAUAAAAUAUUAAAGUAUACCCUGAAGAAGAAGCUCGACAAUCUAAAGGGAAAAUGGGCCGAGGAACUCCCCAAGGUCUUGUGGGCAUACAGAACGACGAGCCGAAGCACCACGGGCGAAACACCCUUCUCCAUGGCAUAUGGCGUCGAGGCGGUACUGCCCAUAGAAAUUAAGACGCCGACUCUAAGAACUGUGGUCUACAACGGUGACGGUAAUACGUAA